AUACUACAUAUACAACCGCAUGCCUGAAUAAAACCGUCUUGUUGUGUUCAAAUCGAAAGUCAAGCGAAUGUCAAAUCUCAAACUGGCUUCAGAACGUGUCUGGAUGCAGUCCCAUCGCCCGAUCAUGGGGAUGUCAACGUUGAAGAAAAUCUUUCACACUGCGUUUGAUUAUAAAACUGAAAAGUAUGUAAUUGCGGAAAAUAUAAAAGUUGGCAUUUUAUAUAGAGUUAUUCAGCUGUGUAUCAUCGGAUACGUCGGGUGGGUUUUUAUAACGAAUAAGAGCUAUCAAGCAGUAGAGGAGUCCAUACAGAGCUCUGUAGUCACCAAAGUGAAGGGAGUUGUAUCAAUCAAUUCCAGCGACACAGGAUUCCGUUUGUGGGGACCAGAGGACUAUGUAAUUCCACCUCAUGGUGGACCUAAUCUUUUCAUCACAACCAACUUCAUAGAAACACCAAAUCAGAAGUUAGACAUCUGUGCAGAAAGCUUUAAGGUUCUGGAUGGCCGCUGUGGUGACAAUGAUGACUGCCCACGUGGAGAGGCAGUUACAGCUGGUCAUGGAAUAAAGACUGGUCGGUGCUUGAUGAAAAAGGACAGAAAUUACACUGGAACCUGUGAAAUACAUGGCUGGUGCCCAGUUGAAAGGAGUCAGAAAUCCAAUGUGCCGCAGCUAGGAAAAGCUGAAAACUUUACCAUCUAUAUCAAGAACUUCAUCAGAUUUCCAAAUUUCAGCUUCUCAAAAUCAAAUGUCUAUGAGACACAGGACAGGAGUUAUUUACCAACCUGCACCUACGAUGAGUUGGUUCAUCCUUACUGUCCCAUCUUCCGUCUCGGGGAUAUUAUUAGGAAAACUGGACACAGGUUUCAGGACAUGGCUCAAGCAGGUGGAGCGAUUGGGAUCCUGAUCAACUGGAACUGCAAUCUGGACACUGGUUUGUCCCAGUGCCAUCCCAAAUACAGCUUCAUCCGUCUGGACUUGAACACCACUGUCAACUCUACCACUACCUUCAAUUUUAGAUAUGCCCGCUAUUACAAGAAUGCUACUGGACAUGACUACAGGACUUUAUAUAAGGUGUAUGGAAUUCGUUUAGACAUCAUGGUUCAUGGAAAGGCAGGGGAGUUCAGUAUCAUCCCCACCUUAGUUAAAAUUGGAUCAGGAAUUGCUCUACUGGGUGCUGGGACUUUCCUCUGUGACUUGGUUUUGCUUUACAUCAUGAAAAAUAGAGACGAAUACAGAAAGAGAAAGUAUGAGUCUAUAAAGGAUGACUGCCCCAGGAAUGAUACCAGUACACAAACUGAAACUCAAGAGGAGAUUCACUUGAACUGCAACAACUCACCAGUCUGAAGCUACAGGCAGACUCCUCAAAGGACGGGGAGGCUUCAGCCUGACUAACAGGCGUCAAUCCAACAUGGCCGCUU